AUUACUGAUAUUUUGAAUUUGGCUUGAAUUUCCUCAGAUGAUGAACUUCCCAUUUGAGGCUGAAUGCUACACUUGAGUUUUGGACCUCGUCCUGCGAGUUGUCCUGAAGUCAAAACCAUCUGCACAGAGUGGGAGACUGAGGGGAAGGUGCAGGAAGACCAUGAGAAAGCUAAGAUUCCAAAUUAAAGUUGGAACAGUUAAGAAAUGCAGCUGCUGCAGAAGAAACCCUCUGUGUGUUCUCCUGAAUUGUAAAGGCUGGUAAGAAAGAGAAGCCAAAGUCACCCAUUAAUCCACAUGCAAAGUCCUAUUGAAGCUGCUGCAGUGAAAGCUCUCACAUGCUGCCCUGGAAAUAACCCCGGCUGUGACGUGGUGAGAUGACCCUAGACACCUCUGCUGUGAGAGGAUGUGGGACCUGACUGUUCCAGAUCAGGCUGAUAAAGAACAGCAGAUCCAAAUAGACGAGCGGAGCGGCGGCGCGGGGCCGUUCGGGCUGGUGGUUCCCGUCAGCACCAGCGCCGAUGGCAGCUUCGUGUCGCACGUGGUGUCGGCCAGCGGCCAGCGGCGCCGGGCGCGCGGCGCGCCCCCGCGGGCUCCCCGGCAGCUCUUCUUCAACGUCAGCGCCUUCGGCCGCCAGCUGCAGCUGCGCCUCACGCCCAACACGCGCCUGGUGGCCCCCGGCGCCGUGGCGGAGUGGUACCGGGACCCGGCCAACGCCAGCCGCGCUGCCGCCGGCGCCCAGCGGCCCUGGAGGAGAGAGCCCCUGCGGGCCAGCUGCGCCUACGUGGGCGACAUCGCCGGCGUCCCCGGGGCUGCCGUGGCCAUCAGCAACUGCGACGGGCUGGCUGGAAUGAUAAGAACUGAUGAGGAUGAGUACUUCAUCGAGCCUCUGGAGAGAGGGAAGCAGAUGGAAGAGGAGAAGGGCAGGAUGCACAUGGUGUACAGGCGGUCGGCGGUGGCGCAGCGUCCCAGCGCCCUGCUCCCCGACGUGCACACCCAAGAGUCCCUCCUGGCUGGCCUGGGAGCGCUGAGUUCCCACGUGGAGCAGCAGCUGAACGAGACCCUGCGGCGCCGCCGCCACGCGGGCGACAACGACCACAACAUCGAGGUGCUGCUGGGCGUGGACGACUCCGUGGUGCGAUUCCACGGCAAGGAGCACGUCCAGAACUACCUCCUCACCCUCAUGAACAUCGUGAACGAAAUUUACCACGACGAGUCGCUGGGCGUUCACAUCAACGUGGUGUUGGUGCGGAUGAUCAUGUUGGGGUACGCGAAGUCCAUCAGCCUGAUCGAACGGGGGAACCCCUCGCGCAGCCUGGAGAACGUGUGCCGCUGGGCCUACCAGCAGCAGAGGGCGGACCCCGGCCACGCCGAGCACCACGACCAUGCCAUCUUCUUAACCAGGCAAGAUUUUGGGCCCGCUGGUAUGCAAGGAUAUGCUCCUGUGACAGGCAUGUGCCACCCGGUCCGGAGCUGCACCCUCAACCACGAGGACGGCUUCUCGUCAGCCUUUGUUGUUGCUCAUGAGACUGGGCACGUGCUGGGCAUGGAGCACGAUGGGCAAGGGAACAGAUGUGGGGACGAGACGGCGAUGGGCAGCGUCAUGGCCCCCUUGGUGCAGGCCGCCUUCCACCGCUACCACUGGUCCCGCUGCAGCGGCCAGGAGCUCAGGAGAUACAUCCACUCUUAUGACUGUCUUCUCGAUGACCCUUUUGAGCAUGACUGGCCCAAGCUUCCUGAGCUGCCAGGCAUCAACUACUCCAUGGAUGAGCAGUGCCGCUUUGACUUCGGCGUGGGCUACAGGAUGUGCACAGCUUUCCGAACCUUUGAUCCAUGCAAGCAGCUGUGGUGCAGCCAUCCCGAUAACCCCUAUUUCUGCAAGACCAAGAAGGGACCUCCCCUGGAUGGCACGGAGUGUGCCCCAGGAAAAUGGUGCUACAAGGGUCACUGCAUGUGGAAGAACACCAACCAGCUGAAGCAGGAUGGACACUGGGGACCCUGGACCAAGUUUGGCUCCUGCUCACGGACCUGUGGAACUGGGGUUCGCUUCCGCACGCGCCAGUGCAACAACCCAAUGCCCAUCAACGGAGGUGACGACUGCGCCGGGGUCAGUUUUGAGUUCCAGCUGUGCAGCACUGAGGAGUGUCCCAAGCACUUUGAGGACUUCAGGGCGCAGCAGUGCCAGCAGCGCAACUCCCACUUCGAGUUCCGGGGCAGCCGCCACCACUGGCUGCCCUACGAGCACCCCGACCCUCCCAAGAGAUGUCACCUGUACUGCCAGUCCAGAGAAACAGGGGAUGUGGCUCAUAUGAAGCAGCCGGUGCACGACGGGACUCGCUGCUCCUACAAGGAUCCCUACAGCAUCUGUGUCCGUGGGGAAUGUGUGAAAGUGGGCUGUGACAAGGAAAUUGGCUCCAGCAAGGCUGAGGACCAGUGCGGGGUCUGCGGUGGGGACGACUCCCACUGCCGGACCGUGAAGGGCACCUACACCCGCACUCCCAAAAAGCUUGGGUACCUUAAGAUGUUUGACAUCCCUCCUGGGGCUCGACAUGUGUUUAUCCAAGAAGACGAGGCCUCUCCUCACUUUCUUGCAAUCAAGAACCAGGCUACAGGACACUAUAUCCUGAAUGGGAAAGGGGAGGAGGCCAGAUCCCGCUCCUUCAUCGAUCUGGGCGUGCAGUGGGAGUACAGCCUCGAGGACAACACGGAGACGCUGCACACGGCCGGGCCCCUGCACGAUGCCGUGGUGGUGCUGAUCAUUCCUCGGGAGAACGACACCAGGUCCAGCCUGACUUACAGGUACAUCAUCCACGAGGAUUCGGUGCCGACCAUCCACAGCAACAACGUGCUGCGGGAGGACACGGACACCUUCGAGUGGGCCCUGAAGAGCUGGUCCCAGUGCUCCAAACCCUGCGGCGGAGGGUUCCAGUACACCAAGUAUGGGUGCCGCAGGAGGAGUGACAACAAGAUGGUUCAUCGCAGCUUCUGCGAAGGCAGCAAAAAGCCAAAGCCCAUCCGCAGGAUGUGCAACCUGCAGGAGUGCACAGAGCCCCUCUGGGCCGCAGAUGAGUGGGAGCACUGCACCAAAACGUGUGGGAAUUCUGGCUACCAGCUGCGCACGGUGCGCUGCAUCCAGCCCCUCGCAGACGGCUCCAACCGCUCGGUGCAGGCCAAGCUGUGCAGCGGGGAGCGGCCCGAGAGCCGGCGCGCCUGCAACCGCGCCCCGUGCCCCGCGCCCUGGAAAGCCGGGCCCUGGUCACAGUGCUCCGUGACCUGCGGGGAGGGCACGGAGAGCCGGCAGGUGCUGUGCCGCGCCGGGGACCGCUGCGAGGGGGAGCGGCCGGACUCCAUCCGGCCUUGCAAACUCGCUGCCUGUGACGAUGAGCCCUGCCUGGGAGACAAGUCCAUCUUCUGCCAGAUGGAAGUGCUGGCCCGGUACUGCUCCAUCCCUGGCUACCACAAGCUGUGCUGCGAGUCGUGCAGCCGGCGAAGCGGCAGCGUCCCUGCAGCCGGCGGGGCUGGGACUGAGGGGGACGCGGCGCUGGAUGCGGGCAGCCUGCCCGGGGCCGCGGCGGUGCCCACGCCUGCGCUGCCUGCCCAGGCUCGGCUCCUGCCCGGGGGCAGCUCUCCCAGCCGCCUGCCUCCGGAAGCGCAGCAGGCUGAGCGGCACAGCCCGGCGGCCAGCCCCGAGCCCAGGGGUGCCAGCGCUCCGCACUGGAGAGCUCCUCUGCCUGGCAAGACUUCACGGCUCUUGGCUUUCCUGCGGCCGUCCCCUGCCAACAGCAGCAGCCUCGGCUCGGGUAGUGCCGCAGCGCCGGCUCUGCCUCCGGUGCCAGCAGAGACCGUGGCGGCGGCGGCUCCUGCGCCAGCCAGGACCUCCGGCAAGGGCGAGGAGCGCCCUGGGAAGCGAUGGCCUGCGAGGGCUGCCCCCGUGGAGCGAUGAGCGGCGAGGCUUGUGCGGACAGCCACGGAAAGGGGCUGCUUGGCACUCUGCGAGCGCACUGCGUGCCCCGGGCAGGGCCCUGCGGGGCACAGCUCCUCCCUGUAAAUACCAAGGACAAGAAGUGCUGGCUCACUUUCUGGUGCUCCCGGCCUCCUCCUGCCCCUCAUUCCCUGCCGGCUGGGACACGCAGGGGAGACACUACAGGAACCGUCCUGGCAGUGAGUGGGAGUCGCCGAGGGCUCCGUCCAGCUCUGGCCCUGAAGUUAGCCCUAACCUCAGCACCUCCUGUGGUUUUGGGCUCUAAACACCCCCAUUGUAGGCAACACCUCACUGCAGGCAGGACCAGGCGUGGACGCUCAGUGAAACACUUGCCACAGACCUCGUGUCUCCCUGCAAACAGACAUUGCACGAGCACCAGGGCAGCUGUUGGGUAAAUGCAGCAAAGCAGCAUUAUUGUAGGAGUUUUGUGCUGUUCCACAGCUGUUCGCCUGUAUUGUUCCAUCGAGUUCUGCCCUGUGGGCUGGUGUUUAAGGCAUUAGUAUAAAAAGUGGACUUCUAUUUGCAUAGGAAUUUCAUGGCUGGCACUAGGAAAGGGUUGGGGGUGUUUUGGGUAUCAUCACCGGGAUGCUCUGUGCAGACUCUCUAGGUACUGCAAGUGCUGUCCUGGUCCCAGUCCAAGCAGGUUCUGAUUCCCAGCUGCUCCCUGUCUCCCAGAGACACAACGGGCACCAACAGCACUCCAAACAGGAUUUUUUCUCAACGGGAAGCGUGGAUUUCAAGGUGUGACAGAUAUUUAUAUUUCCAGUGUGGAUCAACUCCAAACCCCCCUGCCCACGGCGCACCCGACUGCAAUAAUUAAUUUAUGUCCAUCCCCCUGUCCCAGCCCAGCCAGCACGUCGCUGUACAGUACUUGUGUAUAGGAGUGAGAACUGCAGGUAUUUAUUACAAGUGGGGCUCUUGGCAGUAUCUUAUGUACCAAAUACUUACAGUGAGGGCACGUGACUCUUCCUUUUGCCAAGAUCAGAUCAGAGGCUGGAAUUAGAUGCUGUGUCAUAUGGAUAGAAUGGAAAUUGAAGCUGCUCAACUGCUGUAGAGAAAUUGUUGAUCUUGUUCUUUAAAAAAGGUUUUUUAUCACAGCUGCUCUCUCCUUUCUCAGUGGUCACCAAGGUUUCUGGUGCAGUUGCUGCUCUCCUGUAAAAAGUCCCCAGGCCGAGGCACUCGGUGCUGUGAGGGGAUUGGGUGUGUAUAGGAUCCAGUUCAGUCAUCCUGGCAGCGCUGUGGGGUCCCUCGGAGGAGACGAGGGUGGCCCUGGCCAGCAGCAGAGGAUACAAGCCCACAGGACGGGCAGCCGUGCAGGAGCACGUGGAAAUAAAACAAACCUUGGACAUGCCCAGGCUUUCCCAGCUUUCACCCACGGGGCAGCACCUGCUUUUGGCAUUUUUAAGUUUCCUCUUUUUCACCCAUUUCCAUCCCAGGCAGGACCUUCCCCGAAUGGAAAUAAAGAUGAAGUAUUUUAACGGGAUUUUUAAAACCAGAAGUUUUGCCACUGGAGAGUGAGUUGCAGGGAAAGUGAGGGAGAGGAAGGAGAUCAUCAGGUCUGGCAGCUGUCAGAGGAGCUGCACCUUAGUGCGGCCCGAGGACGGGCGCAUGGAGGGACGGAGAGGCAGCGGCUCUGGCUCCCGGAACACGGGCGGCACCGGGGAGCGCCGCUGCCGCCCUUCUCCCGGAUCCCGGCGGGGCCCGGCUCCCGCAGCCGGAGCGGGACCGUGCCCGGAUCCCGGCGGGGCCC